ACAACAGACCGAACGAUGGCACCGAACAGGGGAGGGUUGGAUGCGGUGGUGCUGGGAGGCAGCACGGGAGCGCUGUCAGCCGUCCUCUUGCAGCCACUGGACGUCAUCAAGACACAGAUGCAGAUUGCCCCCUCGAGGGUCGGCGUGGGUGCGUGCAUGGUGCAAGUGUAUCGGAAGAGUGGUCCCUUUGGCUUCUGGCGCGGCUUAUCCCCGAGCCUGGUGCGGACGGUGCCUGGAGCAGGCCUGUACUUUGGGCUUGUGCACAACCUCCAGCUUGCACUGGGUGCGAAGGACACUUCCAGGCUAUCAAUCACCAACUUGGCCAUUGGCGGCGGCUGCCGCGGGGCGGUGGCGCUGCUCCUGCUCCCGGCCACCGUCUUGAAGGCGCGGGCAGAGAGCGGGCUGUUCCAGGACGAAGGCAUUGUGCGUGGCCUACGCCAUCUCUGGGCACGUGAGGGCAUAUCAGGGCUGUUCAAAGGUGGGCUGCCGACCGUGCUGCGUGACGCCCCCUUCUCGGGCCUGUACCUCAGUCUCUUUGAGGCCUUCAAGACCCAUCUUCGCGCGCGUGGGAUGGGUGCAGAUGCAUCUGCGAUGGUUGGUGGACUGGCAGCGGGCACGCUUGCAUCGUACAUCACGCAACCCUUUGAUGUCAUCAAGACCCGCGUGCAAGUGCAUGAAGGACACGUGUCUGCCUGGUCCAUUCUCAAGGAACUCAUCCAGUCGCCGUCAGCGCUGUUUCGCGGCUCGCUCCCGCGCGUUGUUCGUCGCGCCUCGGUUGCCGCUCUCAAUUGGACUCUCUUCGAUAAGCUGAUUCGUGCAUGGCACGAGCGGCACUAGCGACCGCCAUACAUCCAUCCACGUCGACGCUUCGUUAUCAUCGUCACUGUCGUCUUCGUUAUUGGCAGGCUAGGACAAGCACAGUGGUGGCACGUGCGUGUGUGUGCACACGGUGUGAUGGCAACGCUAAACGACUUAUUGAUUGAGCUCAUCUUCUAAUAGAACAAUGAACCGCAUA